CACCUCUGUAUUAUUGCCUUCUGUCGACUCUACGACUCAUUCUGAAUCACGCAUAUGUAACAUCAACCAUAAGGACGGUGGCCUGGGCGCGGCGCCGGGCUCGAGCAGCUGAGACCGCAUCGAGUCGGUCAUGGUCGGUCAUGAUACUCCGUGGCACCUCUCAUACUACACGGGAUCCUCCAUGUUCAUCUCCGUCUCCGGCGCGUACUAUAACUUCUUUCACGAGGCCUACUCAGCGGUCUACUCGUCCGUCCUCCUGCUAUGGUCAAGAGCCUUUGUCGAGUCUUGGUGGAGACCACAAAGCACACUCCGUGCGGUGACGGACGCGUGGUUCGUUUCGCUUUGAGAACCACGGCGCGCGAAGUACGUGCCUAUCUCGUGGCAGAAGAAGGACUUCCGGAUGCUCGCUGGGCUGCCUGUACAAUGCUCUAUGCUGGGCCUGGAACCCACUUGAUCUCCUCCAUGCCAAUCAUCGUCGUCCCCGUCCUCGUCCCGCGCUUCCUCAGUAUCUACCACUGGUAUGUCCUCUCGUUCACGAAGUACGGGCAUCAGUCGAGCCACGACGCGUCGCUCACUCAAGUCGUUCACGCUCGCAGGCAUCGCCGACUGCCUCGGUCCCGCUAUCUCCGCGUUCAUGUACGCGCCCUUCGACGAGGAGACGAUGGCGUUCAUCCAGCGCACCAUCGAGAAGGAUCUCGCGGCGCACCUCAACCUGACGUCCAUACUCUACUCUGCUCUGCCCUCGCGCGCGAUCGCCAAGGUCACGCCUGCCUCCGCGAGUGCUGGUGCGGGUGCAAGCAGGGCGGUGGGCAAGGCACCGAGCUUCUGGGAGAUAUACAGAACGAAAGCGCCGAACAACGUCGCGCCGGCGUGCCUGCAUGACCCGAUGUUCGCGAUCACGGUCACGAAUGAAGCCCUGAAUGCGUUCCUUGAGAGCGGUGAUCAUCGGUCUCCCGUACGUCCUCCGCGCUGUCGCUAUGCUCCGCCCCUAGAGCAUC